UUCUUAACGUUUUCAUUUCUCAUUGCUGCUGGUAAUGGGGUGUUUGUCAAAACGAAAAGAAAAUUUCUUUAACAACAGCAGUAUACAACGAAUUGCCAUAAAAGUUUAGUGGAAAGAAAAAUUAAAUAAAAUUCGAACGAAAUUCAUAGUUAUAAACAAAAAAAAAACUGCUGUUUUUUUUUAAUUAAUACUUUUAAAAUCCAUUGAAAACUCUAUAAAAAUUACUGUGAUUCUUUUAACGUCCUUAAGACUGUGUGUGUGAGUGUGUAUUUUCAUUGCACACGCAAGAAAUGUCUGCCCAGUGAACAAUGAAAAAAUCAUGAAUAAUCGAAACAACACCUUCAAAGUUGGCCAAAUUGUACAAAUACCAGGAAAACAACUUGAGGGCCGCAUUGCCUAUAUAGGAGUGACAAAUUUUGCUCCUGGCCGAUGGAUAGGUGUUGUGCUAAACGAGGAACGUGGCAAGAAUAAUGGUCAAGUCAAGGGUACCACCUAUUUCAAGUGUCCCAAAAACUAUGGCAUAUUUGUGCGUCCCACACAAUUGAUAAUGAAGAAAACCAAUGUCACUGAGGAAAUGCCAAGAAUGAUGAUGGAGCAGCAGCAGCAGACAAAGUCAAAGCCGCAGGCAACGACACAGGCACAACAGUUGCCAACGCCGCCGCCACAACAGCAGCAGCAACUAAAGGCACAGCCAGCAAAGGUGGGCCUGGGAGGGGGUGGCACCAUCAGUCAAGUGGUGGUAUUGCAGCGUGAACUAACCGCCACCACAAUAAUACCCCCCGCAAAAGCUACAGUGUCAGCGUCUUGCGGCUCAACGGCCAUUACUCAACUACCGCCGAAAUCAUUGACUUCGUCAUCGAUGACGUUGCCACCUCGCACGGAUGACAAAAACUCUCUGGUGGUGAAAAAGGUGGCCAAAAUGCCCACUUCCACGAAUCUCUUGAAGACCACCAAAAUCAAUCAACCCAAAGAGGUAACCCCCUUGCAGCCCAGCACCAGUCAAGUGUCUUUACAUAAUAUAGCAGGACCUUUGAGGAAUCUGCGACCGCCUCUUGCUUUGGCGCCCAAACGCAGCAAGACCUCGAUGAGCCCCUCGGAAUCAUUUUGUUGUGCCAAACGUUCCUCAUUCGUCGAGACCGGAUUUUUAGAGAUUUUACGGCCCCAAUUUACCCCCGGCCAACCCAUUAGGUCACCCACUUUCAGCAGCAUGGCUUUGAACUCCAGCAGCUCGCAUAACUUACAAGACCUCAAACAGCAACAGAAGCAGUUGGAGUCACGCCUCAAAGAGCUCGAAGAAGAAAUUGAGCAGUUAAAAUCUCAAAAAUCUGAUGACAAACGUAAAUUACAAGGCAUGGAACGGCUGAGACUACAAAAUGAGCAGCUACUCGAAUUCAAAGUAAGAAUCAUGGAUCAGCAAUCUAACUUGCAGCGUGAGCUGACACGCCUACGACAAGAGUUGAGGGAGGCCCAAGAAAGCCAAUCGAAAUACCAGAGAGACCUGGAUGAGGCUGCAGAGAACAUUGAAUUGCUUACUUUGGAUAAGGAAAUGGCCGAGGAGAGGGCUGAAACCCUACAGCUGGAGUUGGAGUUGGCCCAAGAGCAGUGUGAGGAAUUGACCUUGGAUGUGGAAAUUUUAAAGGCUGAGAAUGAAAGAUAUCUGUGUGGUUCGGAUAACAGCAUAGCCCCUAUGGCUAAAGACGAUAAUCUCUCCUCGCAUGGCGAAAUCAAGAAGCUAGAGCAAUACAAUCAGCGCUUAAGGGAAACUGUCAUCAAGCUGAGGGAUGUGCUCACCGAGGAGAAACAACAAUCCAUGAAAGCCUUCAAGGAAUUGGAAACCAAAAACUCGGAAAUUCUUGAACUGAAAAAGACCAAAGAACUUUUGACCCAGCGCUGUGAUGUCAUGGAGACGCAUAUCAUAGAUUUGCGUGAGCAGGUGGAUGCUGCUUUGGGAGCCGAAACCAUGGUGGCCACUUUGGCUGACGCCAAGCUGGAGCUAGAGGAUCGCGUGCGACUUCUGGAGGAAGAGGUCAGCGAAUUGGAGGCCUUGGAAGAGAUACAUGAACAGCUAAUUGAGAGUAAUCAAGAGCUGGAAAGAGAUUUGAGAGAGGAAAUUGAAUUGCUCAACACCAAUAUACGCACCCUGCAGCAGGAGAAGGAUUCUGCCCUGGAGACUGUCUACGAACGUGAUUGCACCAUUAUGAAAUUCCGCAAUCUGGUAAAGACUCUGAAUGAACGUGACCAGAUCAAAGAACAAAUGGCCUUGACCACGGUAGCUUCUACCACAGCUACUGCUUCCACUUCGGAGGAGCUAAAUAGCAUUAGUUCCAAUCAAGAGUUUAUGCCAGGGGUGGACUUUCAACAGAUCUUCGCAUCCACAAAGGCCUAUGGGCGAGCUCUGGAGUUACAAUUGGCUACCGUAGAAUUGAAAAUGGUACAGCUGCAAAAUGAAUAUCUUAAGGCUUUCCUGCCUGAGGAACUAAUGCUCAGAGGAGGAGCCUAUGAUGUCAUACUCAUUUUAGUCGUCCUGCAAAGAUGUAUGGAGAAGAUAGACAUCAUAUGCUCAGGUAUACACGAGAAAUUCCCUGCCUCCUGCGAAUUUGGCCGCGAUGCCAUAUUUGAAGGCUAUUCAGUGCAUCGCUUUGCCUUCCGCACACGAUGUCUGUAUCUAUUAAGGUCUCUGAAAAUGAUAUUACAGCAGCUGGACUUUGGCCUUAAUCAUUGUGACUAUGAGAUAUGCACCCAUGCUGCAAUCUACCGUGGGGAAAUGGAGGCUCAAGAAAAACAAUUGGAUGAUUUAUUGCGUUUGCUCAAAAAGGGUUUGCUGGAUGAGAAUACACCAGUGGACUCUUUGGAAAGGGCUUCCAGCUUUUACAAUUCCUUGCUAAACAACCUAUUUGCUUCGCAAAACUUGGCUGAACUUUUCGAUGAACAAAAACUCUAUGCUAGCUUGAUUGAGGUAUAUGAUGUGGCCUUGGAUUGUGUCAAUACCCAUGCGGGCCUUUUAUACACCAUCAUACAGUUGGGGGAUGAGCAGACAGACUCCUUCUGCAGCAUGCAAUUCCUUAUGGAGCAUGUGCGGGCCUUCAAGGUGCAGCUGAAACAACUGCAGCGUAAGAUACCCAGCAAAACCAUUAGCUUUAGCUCCCUACAAUGGCCUCAAUUACAAAGGCUUCACGAACGCAAUGACUAUCUGGGCCGCCUCAUUGAUCUGCUAAGCUCCACGGCACGCGAGGCUACCAAGGAUAUAGCCAAUACCCCUAAAAAUGAGACCAGCGCUGGAGGCAAUGACAUAGCCACAGCCAUAGAUCAUGAGCGUCUGUGGCGCAUCAUACACUUCAAUUGCAAUAAAAUGGCCCCGGAGGGCUAUCAAAAGUCCCCAGUGGACUUUUUCCAAAAUGCCAUAGCCAUACUGCAGGAACAAUUGGAUGAAUUCCAGCAAUUCAUCAAAGAGUCUGAGAAAGCUCUAUCCAUUAACCUCAACACCACCUAUGUGCGCUCGGAGGAUCUAACCAUCCUACAGCAGGCCAAUGAGGUUAAAAAGCAUUACGAGGAAAUCAAGCUUUUGCACCAUCACCUGGGCGAAAAGGACAAGGAGAUCAAAUCCCUUAAAUACAUGGCCAAAAUGAAGCAGAAUGACUAUUCCGAGUUGCAGAUACGCAAGGAUAUGGCCGAAAAGCAUUUGCACAAACAACAACAAGACUAUACAGAGCUAAUGCAUCAAAUAUCUGAGAAAAUGGAGGACUUGCUAGAGGAUUUGCAAAAUCAACAAAUCAAACUUUUGAAUACCCUGGAUAAUAACUCGCACAAACUGGAACGUCUGGAAAGGGUACAGGAUGCACUCAAACAAUGUGUGAACAAUAGUUCACAAACGCACACCAGCUGUUCACAUGAUUCCUUGAGAGAAAUUGAAAAUCUCUCCUUAUGCCUAAGGCAACAGCGAGAGCAGAAUAUAGCUUUGCAAUCAAAAUUCCUUCGCGAAGAACUUAAGAAGCUGGCGCCUUUGCAUGUGCCCAAACACACCAGCGAUCAGCGUUUGGAGGAAGAAAUCAAAACACUCAGCGGUGAUUUGACUAAAUUGAAAAAGGCAUGGAUUUUAGGUUACAUCACUCUCAACACAAACACAACAACACCAGGUGACGUGAAUAGUGGAAAAGUAUCGCCUUCAAGACGUUUGCAUAGUGAAACUUCGCAUCUGACGCAACACAUCUUGGAUACCUACUAUCGAACACAUCCUCAUCGUCAAAUUGCCACAGAUUUUGGACAAUUUGCCAGCAAAGAAAUGCAAGAGAUAUUCAAAUAGAUGUUAAAGAUGAUCCGAGGAGGAGAAGAGAGCGUGUAAGCUAGUAAAAAGGUAUAAGGUCCACUUUUAAGUUAGACAAACACAUGAAAUCAUAGACAUCCAUAGCAUUAAUCUUUACAUACUUAAGCUAACCAAUGAUAAUGUUUCAAGUCUUAGGACAAAAACCAACCGUAAUAACAACAAAAGUUUGUCAGUAUUUUAAAUUGAAAUCGUAGAUAAUUUAAAAGGAUUUUAUGUAACGACUUUGUAGUAAAACUUACACAAAAUUAGUAAAUAACCAAAUGAUUAGUGGAAACGUAACAUAACGUACCGUAACGUAAAAUUACGAUACGUAUAAAGAGAGGCAAACAAAGCAAAUUAAAUAUAUCUAAACACAUACUUAUAACAAAAAAAGUAUAGAAUAGCCAAUGAAAUUUUUUCAGUGCUUUUCAAAAAAUAAACCGAGCGAACUCUAAUUAUCAGAUACCAGAUCCGGUUUUGAUUCCAACCAGAG